UCGAAGCGUAGAGAACUUCUCAACAACCGUAAAAUAAACACAAACUAACAAAAUGAACUUCAACAAAAUUUUCGUUCUUCUGGCUGUGUUCAUUGCCGUCUUUGCUGCACAAAGCGAGGCAGGAUGGUUGAAAAAGAUUGGCAAGAAAAUUGAACGCGUGGGACAACAUACACGAGAUGCUACAAUCCAGACCAUCGCUGUGGCGCAACAGGCAGCCAAUGUUGCAGCAACUGUGAAAGGAUAAUCGCAACAUUUUUGAAAGUAGCAACAAAAACAUUUAUGUACCUAAAUUAAGAUUAAUAUUUAUUUAUUUAGAUAAUUUUGUGAUCAAAAUACUCAAAUAAAGUUGAGAAUGAAA